UCAAACAGGAGUUGAUUGACCGAUGACCUAGUUCAGUAGUUGUACUAAACACUGGUUGUGAAACCAGCGUGGUUGAUUCAAUGAUAAUAAAUUGAUAUAACGGUGGUCGAAUUCAAAUCUUGUUGUCGGUUAUUAAUAGAAAAAUAUAUUUAUAUCUACCCUACUGGAUCUAACUAAAAUCAUAAGAUGCCUUUAAUUCCUGGAUCUGAAUAUGGUUCAGGAGGUUGGCAAUUCCAGCAACCUGCUGUCUAUCCAGUGUAUAAUAACAAAAGAAAACACAGCAAUGAAAAUCACGAAGAAACAAUGUGCUUAGAAUCAGGGAUGGUACCAAGCAAACGCCUUUGUCAGCAACAGUUUGGAGAAUCUCAGCAACAGUUUGAAGAAUCUCAGCAGAUGGAACAAAGUGAAAUUAACCACAACACAAUUCAUCAAGAUCUCAAUCAUCAAACACAAUUUUUACCUGUCUCAGAUCAACAUCAGGAAAUUCAUGGAUGUAUAAAAGAUGUAGCAGCAGCACCAUGUUUUCAGAAUAGUCAACAAAUAGAAUCUCAAAAUAUAACGCAGCCACAGAAUGAUAUGAUCAUGGAUUUAUGUGAUGAAACGUACAGCAAUUCUACUUUAGAGAAUGAAGCUAGUCUUGACAUCAUGGAUAAUGAUUGUGUUCCUAAUAAUCAACAAUAUACGAGGCAAGUUGCUGAUUGUAAUAAUUGUAUUGGGGAAAGAAGUCCAAGUGCUAGUCGAGUACGAUGUUAUUGUAAGCCAACCUGGGAUAAUUUUAUGGAUCUACGACCCUAUAUAUCAGACUAUUAUUAACGAAGCACAUACUAGUAGAAACCUGUCCUGUUUUCAUUGAUGGUGCUUAAGCAAAACAUUUUAGAGCCACAAAUAUAUUAUCUUUAAAAUAUAAUUUUUUAGUUAAAAUAGGAUGUGGAGUAAGGCGCAUGAUCAAAUGGUUAGCUGUGUGAAACUAUAUUUUGUUAAGUUGGUAUUACAAGUGGUCUUAAUUAACUGAUAAGUUGCCUUUACUGAGUAAUCAACGAAUCUCUCAUAUAGAUUUUAUAGUUGUCAUUUAUAUGUUAUUUCUUUUUGUUCCUGUUAUUGCUUGUAUUUUAACCUCAUAAUAAAAGAAGUGCAUAUUUCUAAAAGGUGCUUUUCUAACAUGAAAAUAAUGUCAUUGUAUAUUUGUGUUGUUUUUGUUUUCUAGUACAUUAUGUCAGUUAUAAUAAUUACAUAAAUACAUAUUAAUGUAAAUUCUUAUCAAUAAGAAAAAAUGUAAUAGCUGAAAUAACUUGUAAGAUUAUGUUUACCAUUUUCCAUUAAGAGUACUAAAUAUUUGACUUCUGCCAGGCCUCUGACUUAUAUUGAUGACACAUGGUGGCUGGAAGAGAAUUAUAAGGUUUUGAUGACACAUGUUUGCUAGAAUAUAGAAGGGAGUCAUAAGUAUUUGGCCCUAUUUAUUGAUGGAAAUAUGUUUCUGAAUCCUGUGGAGUUGACCUGUCUGCCUGGGAAUGAUGUCAUAGGAUUUAAUGCUGUUACAAACAAUAUCAGAACUGAUUAAAGUAGCUCAAUUAAAUUAGUCACUGUGCAUUUAAAUUGUGGAUGUUUUUUCUUUAAUGAUAUAUAGCCUACAUUUGUGAGUAGUUUUUUUUGUUUGGUUUUUUUUUUUUUUUUUUUUUGGUUUUCUUUAUCUUCCCAAAAAUCCUUGUCCCAUUGACAGUGAGGAAUUAUCCACAAUAAACAGGGCUUAAAGAUUUUGACUCUUCUACCAGCCACCAAAGAAGGUUUUAGAGGCUUAAGACGGUCAAAUAUUUUAGACUAAUUCAUUCGAAAAUAAUUGUUAAUAUUAAUUUAUAUGAUACACAUAUCAGAUGCAUACUCAUGUUCAGGUACAUGCUUGAUAUAAAAAUAUUUCCUAAUUUAGUUGCUGUGUAUAUUCUUGCAUAAUCAAUGUUGGAUCAUCAUAAUGUAUAUCUCAAUAUAUAUUCAGUGUACAUAACUCUUUUUUUUUUUAAAUACACUUAUAUUAGUUGCAUUCAGAUAUUUUUAUAAUUGAAUUAUUCUGUGUUGUGGCAUAUUCUGUUAAUGCUUAUUUAUAUGGCUAGUCAAUUGUAUUUUUAUUGUCUACAAUUCCAAUUUGCUUUUUCAUUAUAUUUAAAACUGGCUUUUAACAGGACUAAACAUUGUUAACGAAUUGUAUUUAACUAGAGUAAUAGGUUACAUUUAGAUAACUGUUAAGAAUUAAGAAAUAUAUCGAAAAAUUGUUUUUUUAUGUAGAAGUUAGUGAACUGGCAGCUCUUUUUUUAAAUUCCAUUAUAGUGUAUUUUAUUGUUCAUUCAAUAUUAAUAUUUUUUGUAAUGAUAAUAAUCAAAAAAAAAACUCAAAAUUUAUCAAGUAACCAUUUCAGGUUCACUGAUAACAUUUGUGUUUUUUGUGCCAACUUUAUGAUAAAUGUUCAUUAUAUUUUCUUUACCAAAGUUGAACUGUUUAAUUUUCGUAAUGGCCAUUGUAUUUUAAAUUUGAUUCAUAUAAAAUAUAAAUUAAAUAGCAAACUAUUCAUUUGUUAGAAAUAUUUAUUGAUGUGCAGCAUUUUCAACAAAAUAAAAUGAAUUUAAUAUUGUUGUGACUUCAAUUUAGAUGUAGAGAUCUUUUA